UGGGGAUUUAGUGGUGCAUUGUGGGAGUUAAUCCUGGCACCAGGUCCCGACAUGCCUCACUCUUCCUGGAUACAGCUUGUGUACCCGGAGUUACAGUAACGGUAAGUAGCACUUACUCCACAUCUCACCGGGAGACUCUGGGAGUUGGGGACAUUUUCUGGGAAAUUGGAAUUCUGUCAUUAUUAGGGUCUGGUGUCAAUAUCUACUGUGUAUUGUAUCCCCUGCCAUGUACUCUCACCAACUGUCACUGUCUGUAUUAUAAUAAUCAUAUUAUAUCAUAUCUCUAUACACUGUCACUGUCUGUAUUAUAAUAAUCAUAUUAUAUCCAGCUCUCACUCUAUACACUGUCACUGUCUGUAUAAUAAUAAUAAUAAUAAUAAUAAUAAAUAUAUUAUAUCCAGCUCUCACUCUAUACACUGUCACUGUCUGUAUAAUAAUAAUAAUAAUAAUAAUAAUAAUAAUAAUAAUAAUAAUAAAUAUAUUAUAUCCAGCUCUCACUCUAUACACUGUCACUGUCUGUAUAAUAAUAAUAUCAUAUCUCUAUACACUGUCACUGUCUGUAUUAUAAUAAUAUAUUAUAUCCAGCUCUCACUCUAUACACUGUCACUGUCUGUAUAAUAAUAAUAAUAAUAAUAAAUAUAUUAUAUCCAGCUCUCACUCUAUACACUGUCACUGUCUGUAUAAUAAUAAUAAUAAUAAUAAUAAUAAAUAUAUUAUAUCCAGCUCUCACUCUAUACACUGUCACUGUCUGUAUAAUAAUAAUAAUAAUAAUAAUAAUAAAUAUAUUAUAUCCAGCUCUCACUCUAUACACUGUCACUGUCUGUAUAAUAAUAAUAUCAGAUCUCACUCUAUACACUGUCACUGUCUGUAUAAUAAUAAUAAUAUCAGCUCUCACUCUAUACUGUCUGUACUGUCACUGUCACUGUCUGUAUAAUAAUAAUAUGAUAUAUCACUAUAAUCCAGCUCUCACUCUAUACACUGUCACUGUCUGUAUAAUAAUAAUAAUAUAUUAUAUCCAGCUCACUCUAUACACUGUCACUGUCUGUAUAAUAAUAAUAUCAGAUCUCACUCUAUACACUGUCACUGUCUGUAUAAUAAUAAUAUCAGCUCUCACUCUAUACACUGUCACUGUCUGUAUAAUAAUAAUAUGAUAUAUUAUAUCCAGCUCUCACUCUAUACACUGUCACUGUCUGUAUAAUAAUAAUAAUAUAUUAUAUCCAGCUCUCACUCUAUACACUGUCACUCUCUGUAUAAUAAUAAUAUAUUAUAUCCAGCUCUCACUCUAUACACUGUCACUGUCUGUAUAAUAAUAAUAUCAUAUCUCACUCUAUACACUGUCACUGUCUGUAUAAUAAUAAUAAUAAUAUAUUAUAUCCAGCUCUCACUCUAUACACUGUCACUGUCUGUAUAAUAAUAAUAUCAUAUCUCACUCUAUACACUGUCACUGUCUGUAUAAUAAUAAUAAUAUAUUAUAUCCAGCUCUUACUCUAUACACUGUCACUGUCUGUAUAAUAAUAAUAAUAUAUUAUAUCCAGCUCUCACUCUAUACACUGUCACUGUCUGUAUAAUAAUAAAAUAUAUUAUAUCCAGCUCUCACUCUAUACACUGUCACUGUCUGUAUAAUAAUAAUAUCAUAUCUCACUCUAUACACUGUCACUGUCUGUAUAAUAAUAAUAAUAAUAAUAUAUUAUAUCCAGCUCUCACUCUAUACACUGUCACUGUCUGUAUAAUAAUAAUAAUAUAUUAUAUCCAGCUCUCACUCUAUAUACUGUCACUGUCUGUAUAAUAAAAAUACUAAUAUAUUAUAUCCAGCUCUCACUCUAUACACUGUCACUGUCUGUAUAAUAAUAAUAAUAAUAUAUUAUAUCCAGCUCUCACUCUAUACACUGUCACUGUCUGUAUAAUAAUAAUAUCAUAUCUCACUCUAUACACUGUCACUGUCUGUAUAAUAAUAAUAAUAUAUUAUAUCCAGCUCUCACUCUAUACACUGUCACUGUCUGUAUAAUAAUAAUAAUAUAUUAUAUCCAGCUCUCACUCUAUACACUGUCACUGUCUGUAUAAUAAUAAUAUAAUAUAUUAUAUCCAGCUCUCACUCUAUACACUGUCACUGUCUGUAUAAUAAUAAUAUCAUAUCUCACUCUAUACACUGUCACUGUCUGUAUAAUAAUAAUAUAAUAUAUCCAGCUCUCACUCUAUACACUGUCACUGUCUGUAUAAUAAUAAUAUCAUAUCUCUAUACACUGUCACUGUCUGUAUAAUAAUAAUAAUAUAUUAUAUCCAGCUCUCCCUCUAUACACUGUCACUGUCUGUAUAAUAAUAAUAAUAAUAAUAAUAAUAUAUUAUAUCCAGCUCUCACUCUAUACACGGUCACUGUCUGUAUAAUAAUAAUAAUAAUAAUAUUAUAUCCAGCUCUCCCUCUAUACACUGUCACUGUCUGUAUAAUAAUAAUAAUAAUAUAUUAUAUCCAGCUCUCACUCUAUACACUGUCACUCUCUGUAUAAUAAUAAUAUAGUAUAUCCAGCUCUCACUCUAUACACUGUCACUCUCUGUAUAAUAAUAAUAAUAAUAAUAAUAAUAAUAUCAGAUCUCUCCCUGAUAUACACUGUCACUACCUGUCUGUCUAAUAAUAAUGAUGAUAAUAUCAGAUCUCUCCCUCUAUACACUGUCACUGUCUGUCUAAUAAUAAUAUCAGAUCUCUCUCUAUACACUGUAACUAUCUGUCUAAUAAUAUCAGAUCUCUCUAGAUCUCACUGUCUGUCUAAUAAUACUAGAUCUCUCUCUCUAUACACUAUACAAUUUGAAGAAAUUGCCAACUGUGUCUUUACAUGUUAGGGAACAGGGGUACCAUUAGAAGCAAUCCAUGGGGACUCCAGAAAUGGACGAACUACAGAGAUCCUAUGUGAGGCUGUGCCAUGAGAGGGGAUCAGAACCCCAGGAGGCCGUGCUGAGGCAGCUGGAGGGUGCCAGGGAAACAGCAGGAGGAGGGAGGCUAGACUUGUCCACGCAAAGCCUCUCCAUGGACUCAUGUGAAGUGCUGGGGAUCCUGCUGCAGAAUGAUGUGACAUUUACCCACGUGACCUUGAAUGACUGCAUGCUGAGCGAAGAAGGUAGGUACCUCCACAGCCGUCUGCCAUCCUUAUUUCCUAUCUGCCUAUAUUGGGAGGCAUGCUCACCCAGCCACAACAGGUUGGCCAUCAUUGUACUUGGGGACAACAUGACAAAUGAUGAUCGACAUUGUCUCAUAUUUCCAGAUACUGGUUCUAGAGCUUAUCUGUGUAUAACUGAAUAUGUCUCUUCAUUGUCAGGAUCCAAACUUCUUCUUCAUGGCUUGCGUUCCAAUUCUGUAAUAAAGCACCUUGACUUGAAGGUUAGUAAGUAGCAUUUCAAAUCUCAACUUCAGCUCCUGGUUGAAUGGAUGGACUACGUGAGAACAUUCUCAUAUCUUUUCAGGGCAAUAAUUUGCGAGCUGAGGGUGCUGAGGUUUUAGGAAAAUUUUUGAGACACAACUCGUCGUUGAUCAGGUAUGGGAUUAAUCAGUCUCAGACUGAACUGUGCUUUUUCCUAUUUGUCUGACAUUGUAAAUGUGAAACGUGUCCAGAGACAUAUCAAAUAUGCAACUUUAAAGAAACACUCUGGGCCUCAUAACAACAUAUUCUCAAUGAAGUUGUAAUGGUGAUUGUAGGUCCUGGACGCUGUCUUGCUUUAAGGUUUACACCGCUUUCAAGUGGUUAACCCUAUAAUUGUUAAGACGGUGCUUGUAACCUUAGUCCCUCUUUUUCCUCAAUUACUGGCUUCGAUGAGUAAGUCUCAGACUGGGCGCCGGUGAUUGGCUAAAACCUCCUUUGAUUGGGAAACGCCACCUACGUGUUAAACCAUUCAAAAAUGAUUUAACAAAUAAAGGAAAAAAAUGUGCCAGUGUGCUUCGCGCACCAUAUUGACAUGAAGUAGUCUUAGUGAUGGCAUUGUCCCUCAAGGCUUCCAGGCAAUAGACAGCCUGUAACUUCUCUUUAAUAAGAUAGGUUAGAUAGAUAGAUAGAUAGAUAGAUAGAUUAAUCAAAGGCUCUGCAGGGUGUGAGAUUUUACAGUUGAGAUGCCUAAAUGUCUAGUUCCGAUGUAAACUAGCUGACUUCAGCCAUAUGGCCUCUGCCUCUUAAUUGAUGAGUUAAUUUCUUUGAUAUGUUAAUGAUAAUUAGCCUUGUGUUCAAGUAUCAUAUCCAAAAGAAACAUUAAUAUGUACCCACAGAAUAAAAAUCAAGCCUCAUUUUUGUUAUAUUUAGAAUGGGACAAGCACCAUCUUCUAAACAAGCCCAAACAUGAUUGGCAUAUGGGAAGGGAUGGGGAUGUCUGCUAUAUCGGGUCAGAAGUGUGACAUAUCUAUGGAAUGGAGAAGUGGUAACACAUUCAUAGAUGCAAUUAUUAUUUCUGUGGCAAGUACAAAAGAGGAGAUAGACGAAAAAGUUUCUAUUUGGAUUGAUGUGGGUCUCAAACACAAGGGGGUGUCUCUAUAGAUACGCCUCAACUCCACCUCUAGGCCAGGCUUGGUAAUCCACAGGGUAUAUAUCCAAUGAUACUGAAAUGUGUAUUGGACUUGCUUGGGGGCAGAAUCUAAUUUUGAGUGAGUCACCAUCUUUCCUACCAAGACAUCCUGGGCAGAAGUUUUUACUUUGAAAACCUGAGUAAGUGAUUAGAACUUCUGUUAUUUCAUCCCUUUUGUUUUUAUCUGUUGUUGGUGUAAGUAAUUUGAUUGACAUGUAUAUUAUUGUAUGCACUGUGACUAUUUUUUGCUCAUAAUAAAUAUUCCUUUAUUAAGUUCUGCCUUUGUCUGGUAAAGAAUCAAGUUACCUGAAGAGAUUAAUAAUGAGUGUUUUGCAAUUGCUUAGAUAUUGUACAUAAUAUAAGUUGUAUUAUUCAGUUACCUGGGGGACCAAGGCACCCCAUUUAUAAAUUGUCUUGGUGGUGGCAGCGUUAAAUAGUAAUAUUUAUAUUAUUAUGCUUAAGUGUGGGUGGUGUUAAGUGGGAUUUUAUCAAUAUUUCCGGUCUAGUGCAGACAAAUAGUGAACUUUAACCCUUUCACCACCACAACUACGUCACGCACACUCUUGAAGUAGGGUGCGUUCGUGACAAGUAGUAUUCCAGCAAUGUACAGAGAUGGCAGCAGUGAACAGGUUUGUGCAUUAACCAUAAGUCUAUAACCAGAAUUGUGGGAAAUGUAGUCUAGAAACCCUCUCAGUGCCACGGCUAACAUGAUCUCUAGAAUUAUGUCCAUUUUUGGUUUCGGACACCAGGUGACUUUCUUCCUUUCCUUCUCUUCAGCUUGACCCUGGAGUGGAAUAACCUGGGCAUGUUAGACGAUGCUUUUUCUAUGUUUUGUGAUGGGCUCUCCUUCAAUCAAACUCUAAAAAAACUGGAUCUGCGCAACAACCAGAUUAACCACACGGGGGCAGAGGAGCUGUCUAUGGCCCUGAAACACAACUUCACUUUACAAGAACUUGGUAAAUCAUUAUCUGUCAUUAAUGAUGCAGGAGACUCAUUACUCUCUCCAGCUCGUUCAUCAAAGGAAUCCAUCCAUCUUUAGGCAUUGAUUCUUUGCUUCUAAAAUGGAUAUUCCAGUGUGUAGAUACAGAUAGCCUCCUGCACAUCUUAGGCAUUCUUCAAUUCAUUUUCAGUAGUUUUUUCCCCCUUGCUGCUUCUACUGGAAGGCUAUUCCAUGUAUCUACUACCUUUUAUAUAUAACAGGCAGCCUUUACCAUACCCACUGCUUAUAUUGUCUCAUGUACCUACUACUCCUUCGGUAGUAUUGCUUCACAUUAUCCCACCAUUUUCUGACCUUCCAAUCCUGGUCCUGUGAGUGUGGGAAGAGACCAUGACAUGGUGUAGCUAUGCAGUGACUGGACCUGUAAGUGUAGGAAGGGGCCGUGACAUGGUAUGACUGGGCCUGUGAGUGUAGGAAGGGACCGUGACAUGGUGUAACUGCCGGUGACUGGAUCUGUGAGUGUAGGAAGGGACCGUGACAUGGUGUACCUGCCAGUGACUGGACCUGUGAGUGUAGGAAGAGACCAUGACAUGGUGUACCUGCCAGUGACUGGACCUGUGAGUGUAGGAAGGGACCGUCACAUGGUGUAACUGCCGGUGACUGGACCUGUGAGUGUAGGAAGGGACCGUGACAUUGUGUAACUGCCAGUGACUGGACCUGUGAGUGUAGGAAGGGACCGUGACAUGGUGUACCUGCCAGUGACUGGACCUGUAAGUGUAGGAAGGGGCCAUGACAUGGUGUAACUGUGCCAGUGACUGGUCCUGUGAGUGUAGGAAGGGGCCGUGACAUGGUGUAACUGUGCCAGUGACUGGUCCUGUGAGUGUAGGAAGGGGUCGUGACAUGGUGUGACUGGUCCUGUGAGUGUAGGAAGGGGCCGUGACAUGGUGUACCUGCCAGUGACUGAACCUGUGAGUGUAGGAAGGGGCCGUGACAUGGUGUACCUGCCAGUGACUGAACCUGUGAGUGUAGGAAGGGACCGUGACAUGGUAUAACUGUGCCAGUGACUGGUCCUGCGAGUGUAGGAAGGGACCGUGACGUGGUGUAACUGUGCCAGUGACUGGUCCUGUGAGUGUAGGAAGGGACCGUGACAUGGUGUAACUGCCAGUGACUGAACCUGUGAGUAUAGGAAGGGACCGUGACAUGGUGUACCUGCCGGUGACUGGACCUGUAAGUGUAGGAAGAGACCGUGACAUGGUGUAACUGCUGGUGACUGGUCCUGUGAGUAUAGGAAGGGACCGUGACAUGGUGUAACUGCUGGUGACUGAACCUGUGAGUAUAGGAAGGGACCGUGACAUGGUGUAACUGCUGGUGACUGAACCUGUGAGUAUAGGAAGGGACCGUGACAUGGUGUAACUGCUGGUGACUGAACCUGUGAGUAUAGGAAGGGACCGUGACAUGGUGUACUUGCCGGUGACUGGACCUGUAAGUGUAGGAAGGGACCAUGACAUGGUUUAACUGCCAGUGACUGGACCUGUGUAUGUGACACACGCCUUGCCUGUCUCUGCUUAUUGAUGCGUGAUGAAUUGUUUUUUACAGAUCUGCGUUGGAAUAACAUGGGUUUGCUUGGAGGGAGGGCCAUGCUGAGCUGUAUGGAAACUAACCGAAAUCUGCUGAAGCUGGAGCUGUCUGGGAACAAUAUCCCUAGUGAUAUCUUGAAGGCGAUUGGUAAGAGACCUGGGAUAUGGAUUUCACGAUUCUAAAGUAACCAUAGUCAAACGCUACCACGGACAGGGAAGAUUAAAGGCAGUGAUGGCAAACUGUACAGGGGAAAGCUGGAGCGGGCAGGGUCUGAUAGUGGAUGGGAGGAAUAUGGAGCGGACAGGGUCUGAUAGUGUAUGAGAGGAAUCUAGGGCGGGCAGGGUCUGAUAGUGUAUGGGAGGAAUCUGGAGCGGGCAGGGUCUGAUAGUGUAUGGGAGGAAUAUGGGGUGGGCAGGGUCUGAUAGUGUAUGGGAGGAAUCUGGGGCGGGCAGGGUCUGAUAGUGUAUGGGAGGAAUCUGGAGCAGGCAGUGUCAGGCAAGGAUCUAGUGCAGGUAGGUUACAAUACAGAGUGUAUGAAAGGAAUCUGGAGCAGGCAGUAUCUGAGAGAGUGUGUGGGGGGAAUAUGGAGCAGUCAGUGUCUGGCAGGGAUCUAAUGCAGGUAGGUUACAAUACAGCGUGCAUGAGCGGAAUCAGGACAAAUGUUAUCCAUGUGUCACAGAGCAGACUGUUGAACACAACCAGGAAAGACAGACAUUGAAGAGAGAUACUGUAAACCAAAGGCAGAUCCUCACUAAAGAAGUCCAAAGUCUGAAGCAAGAAAAGAAUAAGCAGGUGAGUUCCAUCUUUUUUGAUGGUCAUGUCUCUUGGCACUAAUCUAGAAACCCUGGACUCUACAUACUCUCCAUUUCAUUCCAGUUCCUAAACCUGAUGGACACCAUUGAUCAGCAGAAGGAGGAAAUGAACCGCAGCAACAGGUCAGUCUCGGAAUAUACAUUGUGUGGACGUCUUCCUUCAAAAAGAGACAUUGGUCUCUGCUGCACGCAUUAUUCUCUUUCUGUGCUUAUUACAUGUGUUGUUUUUAAGCAGAACAACCACUCUGCGGCUAGGAAAGCUUCAGGAAGCCUUGGAAGACCGGAAAUCGGUGGUUAACUCCUUAAAAUCCAAGUAAGCAUUCUUCUGGAUCUUUCUAGGUGGCCAUUUAUUUGAGGACAACUUUUUGACUCCUACAUUCGUUUGUAGGUUGCAGAUGACGGAAGCCAACUUAGCUUUAUCACAGCAGAAAGCACAAGACCUGGAGAAGCUCCUGAGCCACACAAAGCAAACUGGCACUAGCAUGAGGGAACAACAGGCCAAGGAACUGAGGAAGGAGAAGGAGGUCAGCUUGAGGGGAACUGUGAUGACAAAAACAGGGGUUGUGUGCUUUCCAUUUCUUACAGAGUCAGUCUUAAAACUAUUGCCUAUGAAACCUAUUGUGUUAGUAAGUCAUAAAUAAGAAAUAAAAAAAUAAGAAAAGUCCCAUCUCUGAAUGUGCACUGUUUGCUGUAGAAGCCUAAGAGUUGGUGAGCUCUCUUAGCCAAUCCUGGUGCUCCCAUUGGUUUAAGUUGUAAUGCUGUGUACAUCCCAUAAACCAUGAAUCUUACAGCUACAUAGCUGGAGAAAGGUAGGGCGAAGAUACAGGAAGGAUGUUAUGCUUGUGAAUACACCGAAUGCAAGAAAGGGAUUUUAAAUGAAUUUGGCACAAAUCAGGGUCGAGAGUCAUGAUCAGGAUAAUGUGGAUAAAAGAAAUAUAUUUGUGCAAGUCAUUAUCCGUAACUAAUAUAUUCUUAUUUCAAUGUUUUGGCAAUAGGAGUCUGCAUCUCGGGAAGCAAAACUUAGGCAAGAAUUGGCAUCUGUACAUGAUAAAAAUCUUUAUUAUCGCAGCAAGGUAAGUUUCUCAUAAUUCUGCUGCACUCCGAGGCUUGAAUCGGGAAUCUUGGGACGGGGAGCUGCUGAUUGGCACACCAUUCCCAAAAUGACUUUGAAAAAUGUGCAAGUUUUCAAUUAGUUUUUUAAAUUGGGAGCUUCUGAUAGGCUGAGAGUGUGAGAGGCUCCCAGUCAAAGACUUCCUGAUUCAAGCCUUGGACUACGGUGAAAAGAGCAGAGCAAUUUAGAGCCAUAUUCUACACUUUGGGGAUAAACGAGGUAAGCUGUAACUGGGGAACCUCCUUGCACCAUAACAACUUAAUUCCAAUGAAGUCUUUAUGGUGCCUGAAGUACCCCUUUAAAGUAUAAUCUAAUAAGCAGAUGACGGUUUGGAAUUGGGUGCCAGGAGAAGGCAACAGGAGAAUCCCAUUAGUCUAUUAAUCGUCUUAUUAACCAAGGCUGCAAGUGUAGUUUUUUUUUUUUUUUUUUUAAUAGCUUUUUAUUUUGGAGUAAUCCACAGGUAGCUCUCCAGGUGGUAGAACUAACUGCCCAAUAAUGCUCAGCAAUCUGCCUACACAGGGCUGUGCCUGUGCCUGUCUAAGCAAUAAGUUGGGAGAUAUUUGUUUGGUAUCAUUGAUCUAUAUAGUAUUUGAUGAUUACAUCUAAUCUAACCUCUCUAGUACAAAUCUGUGCUCUAAUGUCAGCUCACAAGCUAUAAAUAGGAGUUUAUUCACUCAAUUACUAAUUGUGGUGUCUUGAGUAACAUUUUGGGGUAAAAACUGCUGAUUUGGAAAAAUAAAUCUACAGUUCAGCUAUACUCACAGGUUGGCUAUUUUAAUCUGGAUUUAUAGUUUUGGUACUUUCUGUAUUCCGUGAAUAAACCAUUGAGAACACUUUAUCUCACUGCUUUGUGAUAAACAGAAUGGCUGGGAGCACGAUUUUCAGUUUUUAGAAAGUGCGCUGCAGUGAGCCUCUCAGCACAAUCCAUUGGGUUAGUUUCCCAAAUCUCCCUUAAUGACCUGGUAUGGUGAUUGGGUGUACCCAUGCAGGUGGAUGAGCUGGAACGGCGAUGCAAAGCCCAGCAGCAACAGCUGUUUGAUCUGAAGCAGGAACUGACGGACACAGGGGCUGAGCUGAAAAUCAGAGCAAUGCAGGCUGAAGGUAAAUGGUACCCACUGAAUGGUCCAGAGGUUUGGCCCAUGUUUGUGAUUUAAUAUAGGGCAAGGGUGGACCAUUUUGUAGCAUUCCCAUUUUUGAGAAUUAUGGGAAAUGUAGUUUUAAGAGCUAAACAGCUCCAUACCCCUGAUAUUAGAACAAUGUCUUUGGGAUGUCCAUCUGUGAGAAUUUAACCUUUUAUAUACUUAUUAUGAUGAAUUAAGAAUAGAGCUUAUUUACAUAUUUCACUUGAUACAGUCAUAUCGAUCUGUGAUGUCUAAGCCUGGCCGAGGUAGUCUUGACAUGUUUAGAGUUAACAUUCCUCUUUUAUAGAACUCCUGGAAGCUGAGAAGAAGAGAUUCCGUCAGUCAAGAGAUGACGCGGUUGUUUUACAUCAGAAAGAAGUGAGUAUACUUCAACUCUCACUCACUGACUCACAAGGUUCCAGGAAGAGGGUCUAAUCUUGUCUGUGAUGGCAGGUGGACCACGUGGCACGUCUCUUGGAGGACAGUGAGAAAGCCACCCAAGAAAGGAUGCAGCGCCUGGAAGUUACAAAGUUGGGACUGGAGGAGGUGAGAGCGACAUCAACAUGACUGCGCAGCAUGUGUAACUAGGGGUGUCAGAGGGUCUUUUUUUUCAGGGAGGAAGGGUGAAUUUAUGAGGUUCCUGCCUUCAGUGCGGAGUUAGUGGUGCACAGGAUCGGAAGAUCACUGCUCACAGGAGUGAUUUGCCUUCUUUUAAAAAUAUUACCGCACAGUAUGUGAAAACAUCUUACCUUAAAUACCUCCUCACACAGGACUUUAUCGUUUCAGUCUCUAUGUGACCUUUAUCAAGAUUUCUUUCAUCAAAAACGCAUAGAGACAUCUCUCUGAACAAGGAGUGUCUUUGGUGUUUAUUAAAUGGCCAUUACAAACCAAACAUCAAUGUCCUAACACAUUGUAUGAAGGUUUACAUUUAAUCUUUCAGGCUGGGGUAGAACUGAGGUUGGCUGUGCAAUUGGGGUUGGUGACGUGACACAAGGUUUGAGCGAUGCAAUCCAUUGCAUCUCCCAGUGUGGUACUUGUUUGUCACCUGACAGAUGUCCACUGUUGCUCGGAGUUUGAUAUAAAUCUAUUCUUUCCUCACUUCUAUUUCCAAUGUCCCUGCAGGAGCUGAAUAGGCUGAAGGUAACCUUAGCCAAUGAGCGGAUUCAUGCAGCAGAGGAGAUCCAAAAGGUCCGCAGUGCGACACAGCUGGAGGAGGUGAGGAUUCGCUAUUCUAAAGGCUGUACCUUCUCAAACGGUUCCCACAUACACAUACCAGAGCUUGCCUAGAUGAGAUAUUAUUAAUCUCGUGAGGAUGUGAUUUAAAAAUAAAUGUAUAAUGUAAGGAUAAUUAUGGGGCAAAGCUGCUUUAAAGGGACAGUCUAUGCAGUCUAACCACACCAGUACAAUGGAGUGGUUAUGGUGCCAAGAGUCCCCUGGCUCCAUCCUAUAUUAACUCCUUAAGGACACAUGACGGAAAUAUUCCGUCAUGAUUCCCUUUUAUUUCUGAAGUUGUGUCCUUAAGAGGUUAAGUAGUCUAACUCUACUGUUUGUCACUUACCUGAGUCCCAGUCCAGGUUCCUCCAGUCCGGACUCCUUUCCUGAUAAUGAUAAUAUUGAAGUUCCUAAAUUUUUGGACAUCUGAGAGUGUCAGAGUGAUUGCAGUCCUGUAAAUCAUUUAAGAUCUUAUUAGAUGAUGGGCUCUCCAGUGAAUCUUCCUUGUGUAUAGGAUGUUGGCGGCACAGUACAUGGCAGAUUAAUAUCAUGCUGUAACAGUGUUUUUUUUCGGCUUGAAACCUAUACAAAGGAGGAGAGACAUUAAGAUGCUCUAAGAGUCUGAUUUAUUUUGGCAUGGGAAUAUAGGAAUUAUAGAUAAUAUGUUGGGUACGUAAUAUCAAAAAAAUGAAUUGCACCAAAAAUGUAUUCAUUGUAAAGGUGCGUACAGCAACAUGAAAAUCGCUGAACUUAAAGCACAGAACACGUUAAGUGGCUUAGUCUGGUGUUUGUAUGCAGUUUUACUUGUAAUACAUUUUAGAGCAUUUAAUAUUUCCUUGGCGUUAUCUGAUUGCGCUAGUUGAUUUGUGUUCCUCAUUUGGCCGUGGAUUGUGUGAGUCUUUGGAGGUGAUUGUACAGACCUUGGAAUAUUAACUGAAAAUAAGAAAAAGGAAAUUCAGCGGAUAUCCCAAAUCUUGGGUCUUGGAUGCACAUAAGGUUUUUCAUGCUGUGUUGCCAGCCCAGAUACCCUGAAUACCCUCCAUACGCAGCAACAGCCACUGCUUCCCAUCCAGACUUUCUAAAGGCAUUUUUAACAUUAGUAGCUGCAUGAUGUUGUCCAUAAACGGGUUUUUACGACCUGUUUGUGAUGUGUAGAUAUGUGCGCUGUUAUACAAUGUGGUUUCUCUAUGUUCUAUAUAUACAUCUUUCCAGUAAAGUUAACGAACUCUUAACCAGAAACAAGUCUGAAGCAUAAAUACCAAAAGUGUCAUCCAGAGAAGGUUAAAUACCAAUGACAUCUAUGGAAUAAAAUCUAACCAUCUUUAAUGCAAACCACAUGUGUGUAUCUUCCCCUCCUUUUCUCAUCUCCCUCUAUCUGUCUUCUACUCCCUUUUACUUUCUCUCUUUUUCUCUCUUUUCUUUCACUCUCUCUCUUUUUCCCUAUGUUUUCUUUCCUUCCCUUUUAAACUAUGCCCCCAUAAUCUCCUUAAUCUCUACCCUACUUACCGUUAUCGUUUUAACCCUUUCCAUUUUUCCAUAGCUCCCACUCGUAAUUUACCAAAUCUAUAAGUUAGAAGCAGAGAGGGGUUAAGGGAAUUAGCUGCCAUAUAAAUGUCUGUUACAUUUUUAUAUGGGAGGUAAUGACUCCUGGUCAAUGUCUGUGUCUUUUUGUUUGUUUAUUUCCGAGCAGCAGCAGCAUUCUGCCGUUCUACAGGACAAGCUACGGACCCUCGCUCAGUCCAGAGAUCAGGCUCAGAAUCAAGUUUUACAGCAACAGCAGCAGACAGGAGAGCUGCAGGCCCAGAACAGCCAGCUAGGCCUUGAAAUAGAGUGUCUGAAAAGGAGGAUUGAUGGGUUCAAUCAGGUACAUUCAGGAGGAGGUUUUUACAGGGAGUCACCUAGCCAAUGGCUUAACAUUUAGGGUGAACUUUUCUUUCUGAAACUAUAAUUUAUAACAACGUGUCUGACCCCCAGGAACUGGCCAAGAAAGAGCAACAGAAAUUGGCUGAAGUCACAAAAGUGCGCAUUGAGCUUCAAGAGCAAAUCGGACACCUUGAAGCAGAGCUGGUGGCUCAGGAGGGCCUUAAAGAGAAAAUAAGCACUCUGGAGAGGCAGCUGAAAGGUGUGAAUUGAAAAGUUUGCCACAGGAGUUUUAGCAAAAAACGUGCUUUAGACUAUGUGGGCAGAGAGAGGCAAGAGGGAGUAGACAUUUAAAAACUUAAGAUGGUGGACACAUGGAGAAGGCCUACAUAGCAAUACCCUUUCCUGGUUCACAGAGUCCAGGGUGGCCAAGUCCCUUGUGGAAUGCACACCGAAUGGACUGGGCACACAGGCAAUUUAUUGUCACAUAAAAGGUAUCUGGCUUUAGAAAGACGUUCUGCCCUUGACUGUGACACUGCUUAGUUGGUCCUUCCUCUUUGUUUAAACUGAAGAUGGUCCAUGUGGCCAAGAGGAAAUCUGGCAAAUAUUCCCUUGGACAUUUACCCUAGUCUUGAGCAGUUUGAGGGAAACAUAAAGUGGGUGAUAAAAUACAUAAACACUAUUUUUUUUUUUUUUUUUCCCCUUUACAUUCCACCCCCAGAGUUCCUUUUGUUUUGCAUCAGAUAGAAAACCCAAGGCACAAGUAAUGCAAGCCAGAUGAUGGUGAUCUAAUCAUAUUCCAAGCGUUGGCCCACAGCCAGUUAUAUGGGUGUAUUAAAACGUUACUCCAUUCCCCUUAAGUACUUUCUGUGCACAACAACAAAACAUUAUUGUAGCAGCAUCCAUCACGAACACACACUGCACCCACACUGCACAAGCGCACAGGAAGAGGAGAAACUUGGGUGGCCACAAGAUGCGCUUCCAUGGUGCACAUCACUGCUUGAUGAGAAAGAGAGAGACAGACGCCCCUCUCUGUAGGGAGCCUGUAGGCAUGUGCCUAUACUGCUCUAUAAUUAAUCAGGCUCGGCCCAUGCUCUGCAUCCAGUGUCAGAAUACUUUACAAGGUGAUGCUGGAGACUGUGGCAGAACUAAUACAAAGAGGGCCCUUAAAGGACAUUUUUGGCCACCCCUGUAGUGCAAGGCCCCAUGAUACUUUGCCAGCUGGGGAAUUACCAUUUGUCCAUCCUUGCUGGGCUGAAUUUGUGAGCAGUGUCUGUGUGCUUGAAUGUAAACAUGUUUUUGUGCGGAGUAAGUGUAUGUGACUGUAAGUGUGUAUUUAUGUGUUGGAGUUGAAUGCAGUUUGUGUAUGUAUGCAGUUUUGACGUUUAAAAGCAGGGGUGUAUUCAUAUGUAGUUGGUGUUGGAAUGUAAAGGUGUGUUUGUAUGUGGUAUGAUUGCAGGGUGUGUUUAUUUGUAGUGUCGGUGUGUUUAUUUGUAGUGUCGGUGUGUUUAUUUGUAGUGUCGGUGUGUUUAUUUGUAGUGUCGGUGUGUGAAUGCAGGAUGUGUUUAUUUGUAGUGUCGGUGUGUGAAUGCAGGAUGUGUUUAUUUGUAGUGUCGGUGUGUGAAUGCAGGAUGUGUUUAUUUGUAGUGUCGGUGUGUGAAUGCAGGAUGUGUUUAUUUGUAGUGUCGGUGUGUGAAUGCAGGAUGUGUUUAUUUGUAGUGUCGGUGUGUGAAUGCUGGGUGUGUUUAUUUGUAGUGUCAGUGUGUGAAUGCAGGGUGUGUUUUUGUAGUGUCGGUGUGUGAAUGCAGGGUGUAUUUAUUUGUAGUGUUGCUGUUUGAGUGCAGGGGUGUUUUUAUUUGUAGUGUUGCUGAUGUUUGAUGGCAGUGUGUAUUUGUAUUUAGAAUUCAGGGCUAUGUAUGUAUGUGUGUAGUGUUGGUGUUUGAAUUCUCCGAUGUAUGCACAUUUACACAAACUCUGAUACACACAGAUACACGUGCAUAUUUACACUGACACAGACACACUCAAAUGCACAAACAUAUUUUUCAGAAAUAUACAUGCACACUGACACACACUUAUAGAAAUGAUCAUUUUCAUAUUUUUAGCCACCCCUUUUUUUCUAUACCUUUUUGGGUGAAUAACAGUCUCUUUCCUGUCCAGUGGACCUGUCUGAGGAUGAUGGGAGUCUUGUCCAUGCACCCUAACCUCUGCUGAUAUGACCGGGAUCUGGCUAAAGGGCUGCAGCCCCCAACUGGGCCCCUAAUCAUUGCACCCAAUGGUGAGGGAUUCCCGAUAGGUCACCUGCAGCUUGUGGGCUUUGGUGCAGCCACACAAGCUUCACUAGUGGGGAGGGAAUGACAUUACAGGUGUGAAAAUUGCAAAAUGUAAACUGUGUUUCUUACAAAAACUGCUUUGUAUUCCACUGUAAGACUGCCCAUAAUCACUUUAUUAAAGCGGAUCUGUCACAUUCUUGGAUCUUUGCAUAUUUCCCAAAAGUGACAGAUCCAGUGUGGGUCCAGUGGCCGUGGGGUGCAGGGGAGGUAAGUUUAACGGCUCUCUCGCAAGAGUACAGCACAGAAGUACGCGGGAGAUCAAUGGCUGAAUCUCACAGCCGUCAAUUGUUCCUGCUGCUGGCAGUGGACAAGCAUUGAUGAUAGAGCUCUGCCUUUUGUCAACCUCCGAUUUAUCACAAAAUAGUCCCUAAUUUUUCUUAUAUCUUUUGAUUGCAUUGUAACUUCCAAUGAAAUUCCAACGCAGUCUUGAUCACUAUUUCACAAACAUUUUAUCAUUAUGAAACAUUGAAAAGUGACCGAGAUGCUUUAAGAUAAAGUUAUUUUGGUGCUUGGUUGGUUCCUUUAAGAUGUUACAAAGUUUCACCAUGUGUACUGGAUGCUAUAUAUCUCUGCAUUCAUUGAUUACUGCAAAUAUUGUGUUAGAUUUCUAGCAGCGGAAACCUGAUGUCAGGUAAAUAUUUCUAAUCGCCAUAGCAACCUAGCCUCAGUUAUUUGUCACACAAUACUAUAAGGACACAGUCUCAACCAGAACUUUAAUUGGAAAUUUGAUAUUUGUGCAUUUAUUUGUAGUGCAAUCCAACUCCCAACGUGAGAUGAUGCUGGACAAGGAUGGUGAGAUCGCUUCAUUGGUGGAGAAACUUCGAAUGAAGGAAGCAGAGAUUUUGAGGAUGCGAGAGGAGGAUGCACAGAGAGCUAGUCUGCUACAAAAUGCCAUUUUAUCCUAUAUCCACAGAUCUCCACUUAAUAAGUAGAAUGUGCCCCAUGUACUAUGCAAUUCCAGAGACAACCUGUAAACAGACUGUCUGUUUUUACCCAGAAUCCUUAUGUUGUGCCUUAUUAUGAAAGCCAUGGGGCAAAUUGCCUCCUGUCCUCCCAGUCAGUAAUGUGUGAAAGGUCUAUGAUCAUGGCAAAUUAAUUUAUUUUAUACUGUGAUGUAUUUACAUAUUUUUAUAAUAGUGCCCUGAUUUUUUUAUUUUUUUUUAAAUAAAUCUUUCUAUUUCUUUUGUA